AAAUAGAAGGGGGAUGCAAACACUUUUUGGUGAAUCACUAAAAUGAGCUUGAUUUGUAUUUUUACAUGAUACGAGUGACUUCAAAGUUGUUUUCUUUUUAAUAUAGCCUAUAUUUUUAUUUGAAUUACAUAGUUUUUUUUUUACCUUAAUGGAUGGGAUUGAAGGCGAAUGGCGCACCACACUGAAAUGAUUGAAAUGUUUUACGCGUUCUAGCUUGGAGGCAUUUUGGAGUAGUCUGACCGCCCACACUAAGCUCUGGAACCUUGGGAACACCUGGUUAUUCUGUCCAUAACACACUGAUGCCAAGUGGAACUCUUUCUCUCUCUAUUUACAUUUUACUCUCUUUGGCAAUUCAUCCAUUGCAACUUUUUCAUUUAGCUCACCAGACCAGACGCACUCUUGUUUAGUUUUUACCCCAAGGAACUAUUAAAUCGUUUUUUCCCCCUCCCUUUUAAGGUUUUUGAAAUGACGAGCCAAAGUACUGAGAGAAGUAGGCCUAUAGGGACUCUGGCGUUGCUGCGUUCCGCUUUGCUGUUGGUUCUUCUUCACAUUGGUGCACCAGAGGCGAGGAGGCUACGGGGCAGCCGCGCGCAACACCGGAGAGCCACGGCCAUGCCGUCCCCACCGUUAACAUACAGGGACCGGGUAGUAGAGGGGACCGGAGCCGGCGAGAGCUUCCCGUUAGACUUCACCGCCGUCGAGGGGAACAUGGACAACUUCAUGACCCAAAUUAAAAACCUGGCGCAGUCGCUGUACCCGUGCUCCGCGCAGAAGCUGGACCAGGACAUGAGGCUGCACUUCUUGGACAAUUCCUCUGCGACGUGUAACGAUGGAUCCCCAGCUGGGUACUACAUCAAGGAAUCCAAAGGCAGCAAGAGAUGGCUGAUAUUCUUGGAGGGUGGAUGGUACUGUUUCAACAGACAGACUUGUGACACCAGGUACCAGACAAUGAGGAGAUUCAUGAGCUCCCUGAAGUGGCCACGCACCAGAACAGGUACAGGUAUUCUGUCUCCUCAGCCAGAGGAGAACCCCUAUUGGUGGAAUGCCAACAUGGUGUUCAUCCCAUACUGCUCUAGUGAUGCCUGGAGUGGAGCCUCAGCAAAGACUGACCAAAGUGACUAUGCGUUCAUGGGCUCAGUGAUCAUUAUGGAGGUGGUUAAUGAGCUGCUUACUAAAGGACUGGACAGCGCUAAAAUCCUGCUACUGGCUGGGAGCAGUGCGGGGGGUACAGGUGUACUACUGAACGUGGACCGUGUGGCGGAGCACCUGGAGUCCCGGGGACACGGGGAGAUUCAGGUCCGGGGUCUGGCUGACUCUGGCUGGUUCCUGGAUAACAAGCAGUACAGAUCUACAGACUGUCACAGCACCAUCAGCUGUGACCCUACUGAGGCUAUCAGGAGAGGAAUCAGGUACUGGGGUAGUGUGGUGCCAGAGAGCUGCAGACAGACUCACAUAGGAGAGGAGUGGAACUGCUUCUUCGGAUAUAAAGUCUACCCCACACUCAAGAGUCCAGUGUUUGUGGUCCAGUGGUUAUUUGAUGAGGCCCAGUUAACAGUAGAUAACAUCCACCUGACUGGUCAUCCGGUCCACGAGGGACAAUGGAGAUACAUACAGAAUUUGGGCAACGAGCUGAGGAACACACUCAAAGAUGUCCCGGCCCUGUUUGCUCCAGCCUGCCUAUCCCAUGAGGUCAUCACCAGGAAUUACUGGAUGGACAUCCAAGUCAAAGGAACCUCCCUCCCCAGAGCCCUACACUGCUGGGACCGUGGUCUCCACGACAACAACCUCCACCAAAGAUCCUCCAACAACAACACCCAUAGCAACAAUCCUAACCCCACCCCCAACAAGGCUCUACCCCCAGCUUCGCCUCCAAGGGGCUGUCCUCUGCGUCUGAUUGACAGCUGCCCCUGGCCUCACUGUAAUCCCACCUGUCCCACUAUAAGGGAUCAGAUCACCGGACAGGAAAUGAGCGUGAUCCAGUUCCUGAAACACAUGGGGUUUGAUGUUGCCAAGAUGGCCCAGCAACAGGGCAUGGACGCAGGGAAACUGCUGGGGAUGCUGAAUAACGGGAACUGAGCAGGGAGAGACUCACACAGGUAGCUGCAAGGAAACGCACAUACACACACACUCUGACACAGCAGAGCAUGGACCAAAGAACGCUUUGGUGGAGAUGAACGGAACUCAAUGUAACAACAGAAUAGUAACAGAACUGAACUCUAAGCAACAGGACUGAACAAAACUGAGCGAACCCCAAAAGCAACAGAACUGAGCAGAAAAAGUUGCUGUGCUAAACUGAACUGGACUCAAUGGAUCUGAAUUCAGAACUUUGACUUGGUGCGACUCAAAACACCUCAACUAAGAUCGCGGCUUGAAUAGUGUCUGCAACGGGACGAAAUUCGACUUAACUGAAUAAUAACUCAUUUUUAGUUAUUAGAACACAACAACGGAACUGCUAAGUUUGAGUUCAAACAACUGAACAAUGCUUUACUCAACAAUGCUGAACUCAACUCAACCAAACCUGAACAGAACUAAACUAUACUGAAAUAAUUAUUUGGGUGUGAAAAGACAUACAUAAAUGGAACGUCAUCUGUUUUAAGGAUACUAUCCCAAAUGCCAUUAGAUUCCCCCAUAGGGCUCUGGUCAAAACUAGUGCACUAUAUUGUGAAUAGAGUGCCAUUUGGAACGCGAUCUGUUCGUUUUAAAGUAAAUAAGACAACGGACUUGUGGAUUUUGAAAAUAUAUAUAUGCAUAGAUGUAGAAGUUGUGUAUGUAUAUGAAGUGGAAUCCUCAGACUGUAAUGACUUGAUAGACUUCAAUUAUAAUUUUGAUCAAUGCUUCAGAAGAUACAGAAUCAAGCUUCUGAUAUGGAAGGCACUGGAUUAUAGCGAGCCCCUCAUAGGCUAUGUUUACACAGGCAGCCUAAUUCUGAUCUAUUUCCACUAAUUGGUCUUCUAACCAAUCAGAUCAGGGUCUUUUACCAAUAAUUGGGCAAAAUACCAGAAUUGGGCUGCCUGUGUAAACACAGCCAUAGUAACAGGGUUCACUAGAACUGAUUGAUUGAUUAGAAUUGUCUCAAACGACCACAUAGCCUACUGCCACAUCUGAACUCACAAGCAGAGAGGGAUGGAGACUGCCAUACCUAAACAUAGGCUACUAACAGAGUGAGAGAUGGAUGGCUGAUACAGUAUGUGAGAGAUGUCUGGAUGGAUGUCUGAUACAGUAUGUGGGGAAUGGGAGAGAUGUCUGGAUGGAUGGCUGAUACAGUAUGUGGGGAAUGGGAGAGAUGUCUGUAUGGAUGGCUGAUACAGUAUGUGGGGAAUGGGAGAGAUGUCUGGAUGGAUGGCUGAUACAGUAUGUGGGGAAUGGGAGAGAUGUCUGGAUGGAUGGCUGAUACAGUAUG